AUAGAACCUCUAACCAGUUAUGUCAGUGUGUUUGUAAUCUUAGACCCGGUAACAUGUUACUCUUGCUAUUUUUUUUCGGAAUUAAUGCGGUCUUAGCAGUGGUAGCUCAGGCACCCUGCAUAGAGCUGAAUGAUGGAAACAAAAUACCUGUACUCGCUCUGGGUACGGGCAGAGGAACUGCUAAGGAGACAGAAACUCUAGAAGACGUUCGCAACGCAGUCCUCUGGGCUAUCGAAGCUGGGUACCGGCACAUUGACACGGCUGCAGUCUAUGAUGACGAGGAGCAAGUCGGUCAGGGUAUAGCUGACGCGAUAGCUAAGGGUAUUGUCACUAGGGAGCAGAUAUUUGUUACUACUAAGUUAUGGAACGACAAACACGCCCGUGACCAAGUGGUGCCCGCGCUCCGCGAGUCUUUGAAGAGGCUAAGACUGGAUUACGUAGACCUCUAUCUCAUACAUUUCCCUGUUUCUACUAAGAGUGACGGAUCCCCCGACAACAUAGACUACCUAGACACAUGGAAGGGAAUGGAAGAGGCUCGUCAGCUCGGCCUCACGCGGUCCAUCGGCGUGUCCAACUUUAACUUAUCUCAGAUCGACAGGCUGGUGGCAAACUGCCAAGUCAGGCCUGUUGUCAAUGAGUUUGAGGUAAACCCAACCCUCACCCAAGAACCCUUAGUCUCCCACUGCCACUCCCUCGGCAUAGCAGUAAUGUCGUACAGUCCGUUCGGUUUCCUCGUCUCCCGCAAGCGAGAUGACGCCCCCCCUCCGAAGUAUGAUGACCCGACCCUGGGCGCUAUGGCUGCUAAGUACGGCAAGACUCCGGGACAAAUCGUGCUGAGAUAUUUGAUCGAACGAGGUCUAAUCCCAAUCCCGAAGUCCACAAACAAGAAGCGUUUAGCUGAAAACAUCAACAUUUUCGACUUCCAACUAACGGAAGACGAAGUCGCUACCAUCAGCAGGUUUAACAAGAACACCAGAGUUAUCAGCAUUGAAGCAUGGAAGGACUAUCCUAACUAUCCGUUUUAGGGAUACUUUAGAUACCUAUAAAUAGCUGUGAAUCUACAGAUGAAUAAAAUAGGGUUUUUCAAAUAGAAGAAGUCUGUACCUAGUUCCUAAUAUGCUGUUGCAUAUUAGGAAUUUAUUAGUUUACUUUUGUGUAAAAUUGAAAAUCAACAAAUGCAUAUUUCUGUGAAAGAAACAAUUACGGUUAUUGCAAGCAUUUAUAUUCGUGGUACAAUAUGAUGUUACAUAGAAAAUAACAAUUUUAGACAUAAUUUCUGUAGAUCGCAAAUAAAGUUUUUUUUUUUUUUUAAAUAAUAAA